CCAAACCCAAGACCACAAUCAGAUGAACAAGGGUUGUGAGGGGUGUAGGAAUCUGCAGGAUAAGAUGUCUGUCAAUAUCCCUGGCCUGAUAGCUGUCAUUGUGUUUUACAUAGUCAUCCUUGUUACUGGAAUCUGGGCUUCUAGAAAGUCCAGAAAGGAAGAAAAGAAGUGCACAGGGAACAGGAGUGAAGUCACUAUGGUUGGAGGUCGCAAUAUUCAUGUUUUCAUUGGGAUUUUUACCAUGACUGCCACGUGGGUUGGAGGAGGCUAUAUCAUAGGGACAGCAGAAGCAGUUUAUGUUCCUACACAGGGCUUGAUCUGGGCACUGGGACCUCUGGCAUAUGUGAUCAACUUUGUUGUUGGUGGGAUUUUCUUUGCCAAGCCAAUGAGAUCCAAACAGUAUGUGACAAUGAUGGAUCCAUUUCAACAAAAAUAUGGAAACACAGUCACAAGUUUUCUUAUAAUACCUGCUUUCAUUGGAGAUUUAUUAUGGGUGGCUUGCGUUCUAAGCGCUUUAGGAGGAACAAUGAGUGUUAUACUGGACAUAUCUUCCAUUCACUCAAUCCUAAUCUCGGCUUUGGUGGCCAUAGUAUAUACACUGUUGGGAGGCCUGUACUCGGUAGCAUACACAGAUGUAAUUCAGCUAACUACCAUGCUGAUCAGUCUGGGGCUUUGUAUCCCAUUUGUAAUGAAGAAUCCAGCAUCCACAGAUAUCAGAUUUACAGCCGUUCAUGAACUAUUUCAAGCUCCCUGGAUUGGGAAAUUAGAGCUGAGUGAUGCGGGCAAAUGGAUAGAUGAUCUUCUGAUUUUUGCUCUAGGAGGAGUUUGCUAUCAAGCGUUCUACCAGAGAGUGCUGUCUGCUGCAUCUCCCUGCCAAGCCCAAGUUACAUGCUUUUCUGCAGCCAUCUUUUCUGUCAUCUUGGCUGUCCCCUCUGUGCUUAUUGGAGCCACAGCAGUGUCAACAGACUGGAACCAGACGAGCUAUGGCUUACCCACACCAUUUGAGAGAGGUGAAGCCGCUAAGAUUCUCCCCAUCUCGCUGCAACACCUCUGUCCACCCUUCAUCUCCAUCGCUGGUAUCGGUGCCAUCGCAGCAGCGGUGAUGUCUUCUGUGGACUCUGCCAUGCUGUCUUCUGCCUCCCUGUUCGCACGAAACAUCUACAAGAACAUCUUGAGAAAAACGGCUUCUGACAACGAAGUGGUGUGGGUGGUGAGAGUUUCUGUGCUCGUCGUUGGGGUGUGCGGAACAGGCCUCGCCGUCACAGCGGACACGGUCUAUGGAUUCUGGCUGAUAAGUGGAGAUGUGAUUUACACUGUGCUUUUCUCUCAGCUCAUCUGUGUUCUGUAUUUCCCCAGUACUAAUAGUUAUGGUGCUGCUGCAGGCUUUGUUGUGGGCGCAGUGCUAAGGUUAUUAGGAGGGGAGCCCGUACUCGGCAUCCCACCAGUGAUUUAUUUCCCUUACUGUAGACUCAUUGACGGGGUCUAUGUCCAAUAUUUUCCAUUCAAAACUCUGGUAAUGCUGCUUUCUUUAAUUACCAUCAUGCUUGGUUCCUUCCUGGCAUCAGUGCUGUUCAACAGAGGUCUUCUUCCAGAAAGGUGGGACGUAUUUCAAGUCAAAAAGCACAAUGAUAAAAUUCUCAGAAGAUCACACUAUGAGGAAACGUGUUUAGAUGAUACACUAGCAGUUAAUGAGGACUCACCUGUUGAAAAGGAAUCCUAGAAGACUUGUACAAUAUAUAUAUACUGAGAACUAUUAGGAAUGCAACUAAUGAGGGAUGGAACCAAUAGCAUGUAAUGUCAGUUUAUACAGUACUUUAAGACUGACAUGAUUUAUUUCUUCAGUCUAAAUUAAACAAAAACCCUAUGGAUUAUGGUAAUUACUUAAAUAUUGAGUGUUCUGUUAUGGUUGUUAAUGUAUUCAUAAACCAACCGUUAAUAGCAGGAUAUAUGAAGUUCAGUUUCUUGCAGCAGUCCAAACUAGAUUAUCAAAAUGUAUAGAUUAUCAGAAUGUCAAAAUGUGUAUCUUUUAAAAUGUGUUAUCCAAAUUAUUUUUGUGUUGGUGUUUGAUGGUGUAGGACUCUGGAGCAAGUCAGUAUUUCUAGCAUGCAUUUGGUUUUCCUAUUCGGUGUAAGGAAAUGUGAAUUUU